ACCUGCAUCGCACUCUGUAGAGUUCUUCAGCUCGGAUAAAAAUCAGUUUAAAGAGUUGCAAGUUUAAUUUUAAAACAUUUUAUGCCAUGGCGUCAUCUAGCAAUCACACAAACGUACAAGGGUCUUCUACUGUACCAACAACAGCAACAACCUCCUGUCCAGAGAAUAGGUGUGCCAUGUCACAUGACUGUGUGACCAUCUACGUCCUCUCUUCAGCGCUGGCGAUCUCACUUUUGCUAAACUUGGCUUGCUGUUUGUCAAAGAUUUGCUCAAGGAAAGGAAGGUGUAAGUGCAGGAGAAAACGAAGUCGAAGUUCAAGACAGAUGGAGGACAAUCCCAUUUAUGGAAAUCUAAACUACAUGGACCCAAGUGUUGCUGUAUACACAGAAGCUGCUCCUCUUCACCCAUCACUGAGCUCUUCAUCUUUAAGGAAUCCACAGAGGGUCAAUCCUGACUCUAAGUCCAAAAAUCAGGAAUGCUACGCCAACCUGACCCUGAAGGCUCCCAGGCCGCAGUCUGGGCGCAUCUCUCCACAGAUCCCGCCCUUAGACAUGGUGCAUUCAGAGGUGCUAGAGGAACCAGAAGAAGCAGAGACAGAAGAGCAGGUUACCAUAGAUGAUGCCGUCUCCACCAUGUCUGAACUGUAUGCCUCCGUGCAAACUCAGCGCGCCAAAAUGGUCGACACCGGGGACGGUGAAGAAGGCUACGCAAACCAUCUCUGAGGCCAACAGAUCUGUCGAUGCUCAGAGGACGAUGCAGGAUCUUUUUAAAGGCUUGACCUGCCACCACAGGAGGGCACUGUUGGCCAUUGCACUGCACUGACAACCAGUUUGUAGCAAUGUAGUACAUCUAUGCGUGUUGUUCAGUACAUUUAGUGUCAGGACACACCAGUGCAAUUAUAAUGCAUUUGAAUGAGUUUUAUGGUGCAGAUUCAGAAUAAUAAAAAGAUCUAAUGAAACCAGCAGGUUGAAUUGAAACAAACAGAACUAAUUGAAUGGAUCUAUUAAAUUGGUACAAGUAUUAAUGUGCUAAUUUCAAUUAAUGUGUAUAACAACCUUUGAGUGCAACCAUUCAGUUCUUUUUGUUUACUACUUUAAUGAGAGUUUCUUUGUGAAAGACCCCUGUAAAUACUAAAUCUUUGUACCCCUUUGGUAAAUUGUUGGUUCAGUAAAAAUAUUGUCAUGUUUAAAACAGAA